AUGCACCCCUCCUUAGACGACCUGGUGGUCCCGGGCUCCCCCAGGAUCACCAUAUCGAUGCCCAACUUACCACAGGAAGCUCAGGUUCGGACCUUCUGCUUGAACAAUGGUGACCUUAACAAGUGCAGCAAUGCUUGGAGGCCCAGAAUGAAGAGGAGCAGCCCUGCGAAGGACCCAGAAAUGCUGCAAACGGAGGACCUCCUGCGGCAAGUGCGGGUCAUCUUGAAUAAACUGACUCCGGAGAGGUUCGACCGGCUGGUGGAGCAGGUGCUGGAGCUGAACAUCGACUCCGAGGAGAGGCUGAGCGGUGUGGUGGACCUGGUCUUCCAGAAGGCCAUCGACGAGCCCAGCUUCUCCGUCAUGUACGGACAGCUGUGCCACCGCCUUGCCCUUGUGAAGGUGCAGAUGGCCGAGAAAGCCGACAGCACAAUGACCUUCCGCAGGCUGCUGCUUCGCCGCUGCCAGAAGGAGUUCGACAUGGAGAGGAGUGACGACGUGGUGGUUCAGAAGAAGCAGGCGGAGCUGGACUCUUCUGCAUCCGCUACAGAGCGCGAGCGGCUCCAGGAGGAGCUGGAGGAUAUCAAGACCAAGGCUCGGAGGCGCUCGCUCGGACUCGUCAAACUCAUUGGAGAGCUCUUCAAGUUGAAGAUGUUGACGGCGGCCAUUAUUUUCAGCUGUACCUCCCAGCUGUUAGAGAAGCAGGACGAGGACUCGCUGCAGGGUCUCUGCGCGCUGCUCACAACUGUCGGCAAAGAGCUCGACGCUAAAGGAGCCAAGAAACAGAUGGAUCAGAUGUUCAAUCAGAUUCAAGAACUGAUCCAGGAGCGCCGAACGUCGGCACGAAUCCGCUUCAUGCUGCAGGACGUGGUGGCGUUAAAAGAGGUGAGUUGGGUUCCUCGCAAGGCCGACCAGGGCCCGAAGACCCUCCUCCAGGUCCACCAAGAGGCUGAAAUGGAGCAACAGGAGGAGCAGCUCCAAACGACGAAGCAGCUGUUCCCCAAAACCGAAUGGAGACGAGCAGGAACCUCGGUCGCUUCUCCAUACCGGAACAAAGAAAGCAGCUUCUCUGCUCCCACCAGGACCUUCAUCCCCUGGAACACCCCCAGGUUUUCAAAGAGCCCCUUCAGUUGGUGGACCCACUGGAGCCCCUUCUGCCGGUGGAACCGCUGGAGCUCGUUCAGCCGGCAGAACCGCUGGAGCCCCUUCCGCCGGUGGAACCACUGGAGCCCCUUCAGCCGGCCGAACCGCUGGUGCCCGUUCAACCGGUGGAACCACUACAGCCCCUUCCGUUGGUGGACCCACUGGAGCCCCUUCAGCCAGUGGAACAGCUGGAGCACCUUCAGCCGGUGGAACCGCUGGAGCACCUUCAGCUGGCGGAAACGCUGGAGCACCUUCAGUCGGCGGAACCGCUGGAGCUCGUUCACCCGGCGGAACCGCUGGAGCACUUUCAGCCGGCGGAACCGCUGGGGCUCGUUCAGCCGGCGGAACCGCUGGAGCUCGUUCAGCCGGUGGAACCGCUGGAGCUCGUUCAGCCGGUGGAACCACUGGAGCCCCUUCAUGAAAGUGGUGGAACCCGUGGAGGCCCUUCAGCCAGAGGAACAGGUGGAGCAGGUGGAACCGCUGGAGCCUGUUCACCCAGAGGAACAGGUGGAGCAGGCCAACGUGGAGGACAGUCAGAUUAAGUCGUCCUCCUUCAUGAGAGCUGUGUUGAAGGCCGUGCGUCAGCCCGCAGUGAACGCCAGCUGUCGAGUGGACACAGUCGUCCUGAAGAAGAGCUUGCCGGUCCUACGACAAUACCUGGACUCCGACGAUGAGCGACAGCUGCAGGCGCUUUAUGCCCUUCAGGCUCUGAAUGAGUCCCUCGGUCACCCUACAGACUUCCUGCAGAUGUUCUUCGAUUUAUUCUAUGACUGGGGACUGAUCUCAGCUGCCACGUUCCUCAAGUGGCAGAUGAGCAGAGACGAUGCCGAGCCGAAGGGAAAAGCCAAGGCCGUCGAGUCCACCAUGCCCUUCUUCACCUUCCUGCGAGUGUGUGAGGGACUCUGA